GUGGGAUUUUACCAGAUGCCCUUCACUUCGUAGGUUUUCUUUGAACAGUCUUGAAGGGAUCUGCCUCUUCUGUAGCCUAAAUGCAAUUGGCUUAUGUCCGCCAGUACGCCACAGGCCAGCGCAACUAAGCGCAGCGAACCUAGUAUUUUUCGUAGCCCUUGCCUUAUUUUUAGUCAGAGUACUUCCCCUCAUCUUUUAGGACGAGUCAGCAAGCUUGCGUUCGGCCGCGAGCGUUUUGCUUAACCACUCGAGCGAUGUCGACAGGGGCCAAGCAGCCGAAACGAGCAAAAACCAUCGACACGUUUUUCAGGCCCAAACAGAAUUCCAAAGUCUCGCAAGAUGGCAUCACGCUAGGAGUUUUACCGCCGCGGUGCGGUGUCGUGAUCAACGCCACGGACGGCCCAGGCGACACAGCUCCAGCCAGCGAACCGCAAAAGCCUGUCAUCAUGCCAGAUUGCACCGCACCUUCGGCCGGUGAGGCGGACGCGGCCGUUGCGGGCGGCUCGUCUGGGUCUCCGCCAGGCUCGGGACGCAAGCGGCGACGGCGGCAACCUGCCUCCGAUCAGGGUGGUGGCAGUACGACAGAAGUAGAAGUAGUAGCCGCUGAGGGAGCGGGCGUGCAACCCAGUCCUCCAGAGCUUGCAGCAUCGGAGCUGGCGGCAGGAGGAGCGCCAGCGGCGGUAGCGGCGGUAGCAACGGUCACAGCAGCAACAGCAGCAGACAUGCUAGCAGCGGCAGCAGACUGUGCGGCUGACACCAAGCGGCCGACCGUGCAGCCACCCGGAGCCAAGGAGGGGCAGCAGCAGCAGCAGCAGCAGCUCGAGGGCGCGGAGCCUCCCUCCGCAGACGGCGAUGGGGAGGGGCUCACUCCCGCCCAGCGAGCGCAGAUCGCCGCCAACCACAACCGCGCCCUGGCCCGCCGGGCAGUGGCCGAGUCCUCCGCCCCUGGCGCCCCCCCGCUCAGCCUCUCCUCGCUGCUGGUGGAACCCGGCUGGCGGGCGGCGCUGGAGGGGGAGCUGAGGGGCGCGAAUGUACGGCAACUGGAGGCGUUCCUGCGGGGCGAGUGGGGCGCGGGACGCAAGCCGGUGUUCCCGCCGCAGGAGUGCAUCUUCCAGGCCUUCAACGCCUGCCCGUUUGACCAGGUCCGUGUUGUGAUCCUGGGCCAGGACCCCUACCACGGCCCCAGCCAGGCCAUGGGUCUGUCCUUCAGCGUGCCCCGGGAGGUGCGGCCGCUGCCGCCCUCGCUGCUCAACAUAUACAAGGAGGCGGCGGAGGACCUGCAGUGGGGGGGGCGGCCCGCGCAUGGGGACCUCAGCUCCUGGAGCGUGCAGGGCGUGCUGCUUCUCAACACCUGCCUGACGGUGCGCCAGGGCGAGGCCAACAGCCACUCCAAGCGCGGCUGGGAGGCCUUCACGGACGGCGCCAUACGCGCGCUGUCGCAGCGGCGCAGCGGGCUGGUCUUCCUGCUGUGGGGCAACCCGGCGCAGGCGAAAGCGAGCCUGGUGGACACUCGCAAGCACCACGUGCUCAAGGCCGCGCACCCCUCCCCCCUCUCCGCCUCCCGCGGCUUCUUCGGCUGCCGGCACUUCAGCAAGGCCAACCAGCUGCUGCAGCAGCAGGGGCUGCAGCCCAUUCAGUGGCUGCCGGAGUAGGGGGAGGGGCAUGGGGGCGGGCGACGGGAGGCGGGAGGCACUAGCAGGCGGCAGGAGGCUGGAUCCCUCCCUGGACUCGGUAGAGCAUGCUUGCAGUGUUCCAGUUAGGGCGCUGUAGGGCUCCCUCAGGUAGACAAAGGCAAAAGAAACUGUGGGACAGUGUGGGAAUGAGACUAGGUUACGUUUCUGGUUCUAUCUGGAGAAGAUGAAAGCGUAUAUUGAGGCGGUGACGGCAGGUGUGUGCACAUGAAGGGAGGAGUGCCCGUGGCUAGAGGCGUUGCAGCGCCGGGGGGGGGGACACCUUGCGGCCCAAGCAUCAUCCGGUGUUGUUUGGGAAAGCGGACCGCCCGGGCAUGUUUAUGUGCAGGUCCUGUCUAGGCGGGAAAGCAAGGAGACACUAGCGACGAAUGAGCGGGAGCCGGUGAUGUACUGCAAGAGGGGGCCGCGGCUGCUGCUGUUUAGCAGGGGACCUGCCCAGGGAGGGAGACUGUGCCCAUGUGGAUGGUGCGCUGGGGUGGAGUGAGCGCUGGAUGGCUUCCUGGAAGAGGAGCGGAAGGAUUGGCAGCAGGGAAGGAUGUUACCGGUAU